AUGAACUGCUUCGAGGAAGAUGUUCCAAUGCCUCUGAGUCCUAUGGCAGAUUACUUUAGCAGCUCUCUGAUAAACGUGUUUGUCAUGGCUGUUGUUGAAUCUGAGAUUCCAAUUGAUGAAUCAAAAGUUCUACCUCUGCUUAAGAACAAGUUAAUUCCCAUGUGCUCCAGAUUCUCUUCUAUCAUGGUUACUGUGAAGAAUGGGAAAAAAGUUUGGAAACAAGUUGAUGUUAACCUAAAGGAUCACGUCAAGAUUCCUAAGUUUACAUCCAACAACCGAACAUUCAAAUUAUACGACGAGUGUUUUGAUGAAUACAUGGAAAAAAUAGGUAUGGAACAGAUACGAGAAGAUAAACCACUUUGGGAAGUGCAUUUGUUUAAGUAUCCAACGAGCAAAUGUGAAGGAACUUUUAUAUUUAAGCUCCAUCACGCACUUGGAGAUGGCUUCUCUUUCAUGACAACUUUCCUUUCGAUAGUGGAAAGUGCUGAUAAUCCUUCUAUUCCAGUAAAAUUUCCUUCAAGUAAAUCAUCAACAAGCACCAAUGGCAUGCCAAAACAAUUAUCUCAAACUGCUUCUGUGAUGUUCAAGAGUGCAGUUGAUUUUGGCUGGAGUUUGUUGAAAAACAGCUUGAUACCAGAUCAACAAACACCAUUAAGGUCAGGGCAUGAAGAUGUAGGGUUUCGACCUAUGAGAAUAGUUAACGUUUCCCUCUCUUUGGACAGCAUUAAAGAAGUCAAAAAUAAACUCAAAGUGAGCGUAAAUGAUGUGUUGGUUGGCGCAAUUUUCCUUGGCAUUGAACUGUACAUGAAGGCAAAGAACCACAGAUCAAGAAGUGGUGAGAGUACAGCAUUGGUGCUGCUGAAUACCAGGAAAAUUAGGGCUUACAUACCAGCGAAGGAGAUGCAUGCUACUAACUCUACGGCACCUUGGGGGAACAGAUUCCACUUCAUGCAUGUCCCACUGCCCAUGUUAAGUCAUAACAAAAAAUUGAACCCACUUGAGUUCGUUUUAGAUGCCAAGAAAAAUAUCAACAGACAGAGAAAUUCUUUGGCAGUACCAAUGACUGGUGUGCUUUUACGCUUUUUGAACCAAAUCAAAGGACCACAGGUUCGAAAUAAUCAUGUUUGA